AUGUCUUCAGAUGAGAAAAGCACAACUCCAGUCUUGCCAAAAGACUCGGAUCGAGGCAGCUCCGUCUCUUCUGAUCUUCAGGACGAAUAUGAAGAGCUGCUUCGCUAUGCUGUAGUGACUCCAAAUUUUGAACCCAGUGCCCUAAGGCAGUCUCAUCAUACUGCUGAAGUGACAACAGAUGGCAGGUGUUCAAGUUUAAUGGAUGAUGUUCUUCACCAUCAGCCUUCAGGAAGAAGCCAUCCAGUUAAAGAACACCGACUUGAAACUUUACAGAUAGAGCGAAAUACUCCUGGAAGAGCAGUUGACUUUGUUACUUCCAGCACUACAACAAGAAGGAUAGAAGUUUCAACACCUGUGACACCACCCCCGGGGCCUUCUCAGCCGAUCAUGGAAUUUUUCAGCUCCCACCGUUUAAAUGAUUCUCCCUCCCCAGUAUCCUCCUCUAGUCACAGAGAAGUUCGGGAGGCAGUAGUUAAUGAAUUACCCCUUUCAGAUGAAAACUUUCACCAGAUAGAAAACAUCCUUGACCUCUGGAGUGGCAGUCUGAAGACAAACAUUUUGACUGAACUAACCAAAUGGAAACUCAAUAUUAUUAAUCUGCACAACCUGGAAAUGAGAAGAGAAAGAGACAAGCAUGCAGCCCACGUGAGACAACUUUGCAGUGAGAUAGAGAACUUGAAGGAGUUGUUACAGACUUAUGAGACUUCUCUCGGGAGAAAAGAUGAGGUGAUUUCCAACUUGACCCAAGCAAUAGACAAGCAAAAGGAAAGAAUAGAGUUAAUGAAAAAAUUCACCCACUGGCGAAUUCAGCACGUCGAAGCCAGACAGGAGGCAUAUGCAAAUAAACUGGCCGACCAGCAGUUCCACAAAACUUUAAUGAAGAAGGUGUGGAAGGCGUGGCACUCCACUAUUGUCAAGCACUGGAAAGACAAAGUGGAGAGAGCUUGCCAGGAGAGAGCUGAAGAAGUGUGUGUCCAGAUUUCUAAUGACUAUGAAGCCAAAAUAGCAAUGUUGAAUGACACUUUAGAGGGCACCAAAGCUGAGAUCCAAAGGAUGCAGUGCGAGAGAGAGCAGUUUGAAGAGUCAAUGAAGAAGGCUUUCAUGCGAGGUGUAUGUGCACUAAACCUUGAGGCCAUGACCAUGUUUCAGAACCGAGGGGACCAAGAACAUAUUACCAAGAAGGAUGAGCCCGGACCCAGUGGCUCAGGAAGAGAAACCUCUGUUCGUUUCGAUUUUUCGGCAUCAGCCCCCCUCCCAUCGAAAACACCAACGGUCACAUCAGAGGAAAUGCUUGGGCCCCGAGUUGUGACAUCUGUUCAACAGAAGGCAGGAAAGACAGUUACAGCCCGGAUCACAGGGAGAUCAGACUUCAACCCAAAGACCAGUAGAAUUAGUAGCAGUUUAGCUGUAAUGGGAGUCUCACCUCCAAUGAGUUCCGUUAUUGUGGAAAAGCAUCACCCAGUCACUCAACAAACCAUCUCUCAAGCCACUGCAGCAAAAUACCCGCGGAUUGGGCACCACGGAGCCGGUACCACGCACCUGAGACCGACCUCCAGCGGAAGAGCUCAGAGCCAGUCUCUCUCCGCGGUUCAGUCCAUAAAGGUGGUUGAGUAACCGGAACAGGCCCUAUCAUUCUUCUCAUUGCCCCCUUGCCAAGGAAUUCCCCACGAUUAGGGACCUGGUAGUAAUGUGGAUUCAGCAUGUUCCCCUUUUCAAAAUCACAUUAGAGACUUGAAUAGAAAGUUUGUUUGCAAUCCUUCCCCCUGAAACUGUGGGGAAUUUAUUUUAAUGUUAAUAAAUUUUUUAAGAAAA